CUUGAGCUACUGAAAGAACUCAGAGAAAAACUAAAAGAUCUUCAGGAAGAAUUAGAUGUAGGUACAGAUGGAAAUUGUUCAGAUAUUAAUAGUACUACAGAACCCAUCUCAGUUAUUUGUUCCAACUGGUCAUGA